AUGACCCAUGAUAUCGCUCCCACCCGGAAAAUCAAACUCAAAAGCCGCCUCGCCAGCACCCCGUAUAUUACAAAGGACAGCCUGCUUGAAAUGCCACCGGAGCAGUGCGUCAAGGACUCGCCUUGCAUCGUCAGGCUGGCGACAGACGAAGUCGAGCACGUUGCCGUGGUACUCCCACGCACGAUGGAUGCCGUUGACCCCCAGUUUGAGCGUUAUUUCGUCACCCUUCACCCAGGUGUGCCUUACCGUGUGACGUAUACCUUAAGGCCUUGUCCCAGGACCCGGCCACACAAUGAAGACAAUCCUGAGCGAGUUGCAACUACUGAGGAUGAGGCCAUAGUUGCUGCAGCUUUUUCUCCCGUCACAUAUUUGGACCUGGGAUCGACGUACCGUGUUGAGCUCGGGAAUAGGUUGAACAGGAUAUCCUGGUAUCGAUAUGGAUCGAAGGAGCAGGUUCUGGAGGGACAGGAUGCUGGAGGUGGUCUUGCGAGACGACGGCGCGAGCUAGUGGGGGACAGUGAGAUGCAGCCAAUCCCCCUCGUGAUGCAGGGUUCUGCUAUCUUCACUGUCGAAGAGUAA